AUGGACGACACAAGAUCAGAUAUUGGAAUAUACAAUUCCUUAGGUAAACCGAAAUCAUGCUCCGAUAUGAUCAACGAUCGAGUGCAAUGUUCAAGAUUUCUCAUAAAAAGAAGAGGACAGACAAAAUCAAAAGAAUCGAAUAGGAAAUUUUCUACCAUUUCUUUGAAUUGCAACAUGUUAUCUAGUUCGUCGAUAAAUAAUUCAUCAGACUUUUCACCAGCAAUAACAAUAAUUAACAAAUCGCCAAGCACCAGUGUUCAAUCAUUCUCCAGCGAGUCAUCAUUUUGUUCCAACAUCAUACGCGAUAGUUCCAUGUCUGAUAAUUUGAGUAUUCCUGAUCAAAUGAAAUCUAUGACAAUUGAAGAAACAGACGGAAAUGAAAAUUCAUCGAUUUAUGAAACUUUAGAAAAACCUUAUAUUGAUUUUUCAAAUUACGACAGCGUUAAAAUAUCUGACUACCCGUUGCAAUUUAUUGAAGACAACGCCAAAACCAAUUCUAAUAAAUCGCCUAUUAUUUCUGUAGAAAACAAACUUCUAGACGAAUUAAAUAACAAGGAUGUCAUCAACGAGGCCUUUAAAUUUUUGGACGACCUUUGA